AACAAAGAGAGAGAGAGAAAAAACCCACUGCCAACAUGUCUGACACCGAGGACGUGGAGCAGGUAGAGGAGGAAUAUGAAGAAGAAGAAGAAGUUCAUGAGGAAGUCCAUGAGCCAGUUCAUGAGCCAGGAGAAGCCCAUGAAGAAGAAGAAAAACCCAGAAUAAAGCUGACUGCUCCUAAAAUCCCAGAAGGAGAAAAGGUAGACUUUGAUGACAUCCAAAAGAAGAGGCAGAACAAAGACCUGAUUGAACUGCAGGCCUUGAUUGACAAUCACUUUGAGGCUCGGAAGAAAGAAGAGGAAGAGCUACUUGCCCUGAAGGACAGAAUUGAAAAGCGUAGAACUGAAAGAGCAGACCAACAAAGAAUCCGGGCUGAAAAGGAGAAGGAACGUCAGGCCAGGCUUGCUGAGGAGAAGGCAAGAAGGGAGGAAGAGGAUGCAAAGAGAAAGGUUGAGGAUGACAUGAAGAAAAAGAAGGCUCUGACCUCUAUGGGCGCCACAUACAGCAGCUAUUUGGCUAAGGCUGACCAGAAGAGAGGGAAGAAGCAGACUGCUAGGGAAACAAAGAAGAAAGUCCUGGCAGAGAGACGUAAACCUCUCAACAUUGACCACCUUAAUGAAGACAAGCUCAGGGAGAAGGCCAAAGAACUGUGGGAUUGGUUAUACCAGCUGGAAACUGAAAAAUAUGAUUUUGGAGAAGAGAUUAAGAGCAAAAAGUAUGAGAUCACCACCCUCAGAAACCGGAUUGAUCAGGCUCAGAAGCACAGCAAGAAGGCAGGAGCCAAGGGCAAAGUCGGAGGGCGCUGGAAGUAAAGAAACAGAAAGUGACCGCAGACAGGAGCAUCUCCGGUGGCGUGGCUAAACACCGCUGGCCUCCCCUUAGCCCUUUUCACAAACCAGUUCUGUUCUUAUGCCUGAGCAACACAAAGAUCACAACACCAGCCUGGAUUGCCUACUGCUUUGUUUUUCAGGACUCCAGCAGCUUUCCGAACCUAGGGGAAGGUCACUGGGGAGCUGAGAUGAUUCCCUCCUGGCAUCUUUACAACCUGCUGCGUGUUUUAUUUUCCUGAUACCAGCUCUAUGCCCCCCAGUAGAUUGCUGUGUACAAAUCUCUGGAUUUUGUAAAUAAAGUGUGACCGAUACCUACUUCAAUUAUAUAUGC